CAUAAGAGGGCACGCAAAGGUUGCUGGUUACAAUGAAUUCCUGUCAUGGUGACAUAUUUUAAAAGGGAACUUUUUUUGUCGUUGAGCCUUUGUUUCAAAAGGCGUCGUCUUCAACCGCAGCCUUCUACUUUAGUCUUCAUCAAGCUAAGGCACAUAUUUUACAUUGGGGGGGGGGAAAUCACAACACAAACUAAAAUGUCAGUAAAAGUGAUUCUGUUAGUUGUACAUUCUGCCACUUAAUUGCUCUGCGCCUCGUAGGUUAGGUCGAUGAACAAUUUGAACUCAAUAUUCAAGUGGAAUUGGAUCAAAUCCUAAUAAAACCCAAAUGUCAGAAGUGUGAGGAAGACGACAACUGUGACAGAAAAGUGAAUUCAUCAGCCCGGCCCCAUGCUCGCUGCGUCUGAAGGUCGACCGUUAAAUCAACGGACCCGUCGGAAUGUUCGCCUCGCGCAUUAAUUUGCACUCAUCAGGACAGACGACAUUCCGGAGUUAAUAAUGUGUUUGCACAGCGAGUUACGCCCUCAUGCAGAGAGUCUCGAUAGUUUUCGUCGCCUUGUCUUCCAGAUACUUCGGAUACUCCAAAGAAGUGAGCUGAUCAGGAAGCAAACGCACAAUACUGAUUACUUUACCUAGAAGGGUUUCCAGCACAUGCAGACACAACAUGGCUCCAAAUCCCAUUGUCCAGGCCUUCAUUGACUUCACAGCUGGAGCAGCAGGUGGCACGGCUUGUGUUCUGAGCGGGCAGCCGCUGGACACCACCAAGGUGAAGAUGCAGACGUUCCCCAACAUGUACCGAGGCUUCGCCCACUGCUUGGUGUCCACCUUCCGACAAGUCGGGGUGCGCGGCCUCUACAAGGGCGCCACGCCGGCCCUGCUGGCCAACGUCUGCGAGAACUCGGUGCUCUUCCUGAGCUACGGCUUCUGCCAGGACGCGGUCCGCUCCUUGGCCGGCAUCGAUGGCCGCACUGAGCUCAGUGAUGUUCAGAAAGCGUUCUCCGGGUCCCUGGCCUCCAUCUUCUCGUCCAUGGUGCUUUGCCCCUGCGAGCUGGUCAAAUGUCGCCUGCAGGCCAUGUACGAGAUGGAAGCAUCCGGCAAGAUCGCCCGAGGACAGCAGAGAGUUUGGACUGUGGUUAAGUCGGUGAUGGAGACAAACGGCCCGCUGGGUUUCUACCAAGGUCUGACGUCCUCCAUUGUGAGGGAGAUUCCGGGUUACUUCUGCUUCUUUGGCGGCUAUGAGCUCAGCCGCUCCAUGUUUGCACGCCACAUGGGUACGGACAAGGAGGGCAUCGGUAUUCUUCCGCUCAUGUUCAGCGGCGGUUUCGGCGGCGCUUGUCUUUGGCUGUUGAUCUAUCCCAUCGACUGCGUGAAGUCCAGGAUCCAGGUGUACUCCUUAGUCGGGAGGCAAGAGGGCUUCCUGAAGACAUUCUUGGGGAUCUUGCGCAACGAGGGAUUCAGGGCUCUUUACUCAGGCCUCACGCCCACCAUGAUAAGAACCUUCCCGGCCAACGGCGCCCUCUUCUUGGCCUACGAGGUCACUCGAAGGUUCAUGAUGGAGACAGUGGGCGCCUGAUGUGGACCGCGUCUCCCCCCCAGCCCCCAAAGACAAAAAAUGUUGUAGUGUUUUUUAUUGUUUUAGGUUCAGGUCAACGGUAGUCGGAAAUACCUCAGCAGCUAUUGUUUACAAAAACUAUGAAAAGGAAGAAAAUGUAAGCUUUUAUUUAAUGCUCUUAAAAGUGAUAGUGUGAAUACCAAACGUGUUUAAGUGGGCAUUCACAGAAGCUUUUUCAAGUCACAUUUUGAAAGACACCGACAAAUGUGUCAUAUUUGAGAUUUCAAAUUUAAUCCUGGGGAAAAUGCUGCAGCUGGUCGUGCACUCACGGGCCACAACAUUAGGUACGCCUGCACAAUCUAAUGUGAGCUGUAUCGAAAUUCUGCUUUUAAAAAGAUAAUAACGCCGACUUGUGUUCGAAUUUUUGAAAUGUUCACGGUUGUGAUUGUAGUGCGGAGUGGCGUACAAGAGUACUGUGUCAUACUGAGAGGCGAAUGAAUGAGAACUACGUCACGUUUAGCUGUGGCCAGUGAGUGUAAAUACUCCACACUCUGCAAUAUUUUUACCAUUUUCAACAGUGAUUGUACCAAAUUGUAUAUGUCAAAGGCUAAUCGAAAUCACAAAGUAAAUAGCAAUAAAUAAUGAUUAGCUCAAUUUUCUGUUGUUUUUUUAUUGUAAGAAACACCAUUCCUUUAAAAAAAAAAAAAAAAAAAGAUCUCGUUGCAUUGCGGCUGCAUUUUUCUUCUGGUCAGGUUUUGUGAUACAAAAAAUAAAUAAAAAAGACAAAUCUGUGUGUGUCCCAUAACCUGUGCAACUCAAUUUUAUAAAUAAAAAAAAAAAAAAAAAAAAAUCUUUUAGUGAGGGUAAGUAAAAAUAAUAAUGUGUUUGAACAAGUGUGCACACCCUGUUAUAACUGUUCAAGUUCAUGUUAAAUGGGAGUCAGCAUACACCUGCCACAAUUUAAAGUGCCUCUGAUUAACCCCAAAUAAAGUUCAGCUGUUCUAGUCGGGACACCCCAAGUUAUAAGAAGGUGCGCACACUUGUUUAUUUUCAUUUCCCCCCUCUCUAUUU